AUGGCUGAAAGGAUUCCGAACACGGUCGUGGACCAGUCGGCUGCACUCGCUUUCCAGAUUGGAGUAUGUCUGGGGAAAAUCGCUCGAUUUGCUGAAGCUGAACGUCACCUGAAAAUCGCCAUUGAGCUCAGUCCGCAGAAUGCCAUGUAUCAUGCGAACCUAGGAGUCCUGUAUCAGCGCUGGGCACGAUAUGACUUGGCUGAGAACUCCUAUAUCCAGGCUUUGCUUGAUAGACUUCAGAGACGCAAUCGAUCAAAUGGAAUCUACGGGCAGUUCAGGAAAAGCUUAACAGGACCAGACAGAGUGAUAGGGCCAACACAUAUUUGUAAUAGCCCCCCCAUUCAGAGCUUUCACUGA